CGCGGCCACCUCGGCCUCCGCGUCAGGCAGAGGCUCCUGGUGACCCCAGUCAGAAUAGUGGCCUUAAGGGCGCAACGCAUACCCGCCUAGGCUGGCUCUUCGCCUUCCUCCGCUCCUCCCUUCCCAGUGAUGAUCACAUCUCGUCCAGCCGCUGGGAGGGGUGGGACGGGGGUGCAGCCUUAGUCGCCGGUAGUCCCCAAGAAGGAGUUCUCCUGGUCAGCAGGCUCGUGACUGUCAUGGCCUCUGUGGCUUAUGUGGCCUCUCUCUACUGUUCUGGGCCUUUUGGAAGCAGAUGGCCAGCCUUAUCUUCCAAGGCACCUCUGGGUGGGUUCGAACCGCUUGUAGUCCAGCGCUUUACCGUUUGUGCCACUCAGGAACUCCCAGAGGUGUCAGUGCAGUCACACUGUAAACGGUAGCACAUUCCUGGAAGGAAUGAAGGCAGACAGGCAACAAGGGGCCCUCCUGGAAGUGGACACCAGCAUUCGAGUGGGACCUGGAGUACCAGCCACACGUGGGUCAUGCCCCGUUCCGCGAAGGAGGUGGACUUAGGACACUGCCCUGGACCCGGCUUCUCCAGGUGGAGUCUGUUCUUGGCCAGCCCCUUCUGCUGCUUCCUUUUCCGAGGGAAAUCUGUAUUCUGCAGCCUCCAGUGACCGUUCUUACAUUGUUUCCUGGGAAAGGAUUUAGUGCUGUGUGCCUCCUGAUUUGGAGUUCAGAAAUUAAUCCUGGAGAGAAUGUGUGCACUACUGGUGUUGCAGAUAUGUGGCUCCAGAAAGAUGUCAGUACAUGAUACAUAAAUGAAAUUGUUUUAUGGAACUGCUUUUGUCUGCUCAGAUUAAGUGUUUUCAUCCGGGGCAUAGUUUUGGAAGCUCCAUAGAACACCCUGCCUGGGAAUUUUCCCUGAGAGACCUAAUUAGCCUUUGUUCUGCUAUAUUCAGGAUCCUGAUAUCGCUCAUAAAAUUGCUCUUGCUUUUACUUGCAUUAUUGCUCUUGUGGUUGAGUUACUAAGCAGUAACGUAUUGUAACUACGUAAGUUUAAAAUUCUGUCCAUAGAAUGAUAGGGGGAACCCAGGUGAUUAUGUAAUCUCAUUUUACAGAUGAGAAAAUGGAGAAACUGAGAGAUUAAAAAGCUUGAUCAAAGUCAUUUAACUAAAGGAGUGGUUGGUCAAGUGUGAUCCCAGGACCAGCAGCAUCAGCCUCACCUGGGAAUUUGCUAGAAAUGCAAAUUCCCACCUCAGACUGAAUCAGAAUCUCUGGUACUGGAGCUCAGCACUCUGUGUUGUAACUUGGUGAUUCUGAGGCUUGCUAAAUUUUGAGAACAUUGAUUUACUGGGGCUAGAUAUAGUUGGAAACCCUGGUGGCGUAGUGGUUAAGUGCUAUGGCUGCUAACCAAGAGAUCAGCAGUUCAAAUCUGCCAGUUUCUCCUUGGAAACUCUGUGUGGCAGUUCUACCCUGUCCUAUAGGGUCACUAUGAGUCGGAAUCGACUCGACAGCACUGGGUUUGUUUGUUAGACAUGACUAGGAUUAGAAUUGAGGUUUCCCUGUCCAGUCUCUUUUUACUUUUAAAAUUUGACUUUCAGAUUCUGCUGGUUUUUGUUAUAAUAGUGUUGAGGUUAUUGUUGUGUGCUGUGGGAUCCAUUCUGACUCACAAUUACACUAUAGGACCAAAUACAACUGCCCCAUAGGGUUUCCAAGGCUGUAAUCCUUAUGGAAUCAGACUGCCACAUCUUUCUCCUUCGGAGUAGCUAGUGGGUUCCAACCAGUGACCUUUCGGUUAGCAGCUGAGCUUUUAUCCACUGCACCAUCAUGGCUUCUUUGUGUUAAGGUGAAACCAAGCCAAAAACCAAACCUGUCAGUUGUCCAGUUAAUAGUGCCCCUAUAGAACAGAGUAUAACUGCCCCAUAGGGUUUCCAAGGAUUCGCAACUCUUAACCACUGUGCCACCAUGGCUCUGUGGAAUACUUUCUACUCAGCCAUAACUGUUUCUAAAGAAAUGUGGAUUAUUGAAUAAGGAAUGCUUGUAAUGCAGGAGUAGUGGAGAGGGGGAAAGAACACUGGGUUUGUAAGGCAGAAGUACGACUGUCCUGGCAGCCAUAUUUUGCUCAGCAUAGCUGACCAAGGGCCUUAACUUCUCUGCUUUGGGGAAAACUGGAAGUAGCUAGUAAAUCUGACUCCUGGCCUGCCUCUGUCCUUGAUUAUUGCAGUGUCACCAAAUUAUAUAAAGGUGUCAUUUCAGAAAUAAUAACAUGUUUAUGAGGAGUGACAUUCUGACAGCAACUCUUUAGCUAAAGAAACAAUAAGAAGAAAAAAAACAAUGAGAUGCUAUGUCAACAAUCAAUAAUCUGUGGCUAGUGGAUAGAAAAGAGAUUUUACAAAAAAGAAUUUCUAGUUCUUCAGGAAAUUUAAAAUUAUGUUAGAAAGUGUGAAUCAUACUUUUCUAGGAGACAUUAUUUACUUUAUAGACUUUUUUAUUAAUGACCAGCCAAACUAUUUCUAAUAUUUUGGAUUGGACUCCCACUAAGUUAAAUACUUUCUUUUUAAAUUCUACUUUAGUUGAAGGUUUACAGAACAAAUUAGCUUCUCAUUAAACAAUUAGUACACAUAUUGUUUUGUGACAUUGGUUACCAACCCCACAACAUGUCAGCAUUCUCCCUUCUCUACCUUGGGUUCUCAAUCACCAGCUUUCCUGUCCCCUCUUGCCUUCUAGUCCUUGCCUCUGGGCUGGCAUGCCCCAUUAGUCUUGUUUCAUUUUAUGGGCCUGUUCAAUCUUUGGGGGAAGGGUGAAGCUCAGGAGUGACUUCAUUACUGAGCUAAAAAGCUCUUGGGAUGUCCCCAGUCUCUGUCAGGCCAGUAAUUCCGGUCUUUUUUUGUGAGUUAGAAUUUUGUUCUACAGUUUUCUCUUCUGUCUGGGACCCUCCAUUGGGAUCCCUGUCAGAGAAGUCUGUGGUGGUAGCACCAUCCAGCUGUGCUGGACUCAGUCUGGCGGAGGUUGUGGUAGUUGCAAACUAAAUACUUCUUUCAUGUUUAUCUUUACUUCUGGAGUUGAACAUUUGAGUUUUUAUUCCUUCAGCAGCUUAAUUGAAAGAACAAUCAUUUGGAAAAAAGACUUAGUCUAUGAAGUAAAGAGUGUGGUCAAGGUCCGCUCAGCCAAUUUCUCUUUGGGUAAACUCGGCCCAGUUCCUUAGUCCUCAAGCGUAGGUUUCCUUCUCUGUAUUUUAGGAAUGAUGAUAAUAAUAAAGCUUUUGUUCUUCCUACCAGCCCCCCAGGUUAUUGUGAAAUGAGAUGAAGCAAUACAAGUUAAAAGGCUUUAAGCAGUAGUGUAUACAUGACAGUAUUAUCUGUGGAAUUACACGGGCUGGUAUGGGUUCAGGAACAAUCCUUCCUCACGAGAACCAGUCAAGGGCAGACAGUUGUUUUUAAGAAAGGUAGGCUCCUAAAUUUUACUUUAUUUGCCUUAAUUCAUCUACAAGGUAGCUCACCCCACUUCAGAACCUGUAUCUCCUCAUCAACAAUUCCACGGAAGACAUUGAUCCCGUGGAACCUUCUCAGACAGCGACAAUUCAGAUCUAAAGGAGUGGAUUGGGUGAUUUGAGUUUGUUGAGCCCUGGUGGCACAGCGGUUAAGAACUCGGCUGCUAACCCAAAGGUAUACUCUAAAUAAUAAUGUCCUAAGCCUGAAACAGAGAAAAUUUUAUGAAGAAAAUGGAUUUCUUGUGAUUAAAAAUCUGGUAUCUGAUGCUGAUAUUCAACGCUUUAGGGAUGAGUUUCAAAGGAUCUGCAAAGGAGAGGUGAAACCAAUGGGAUUAAUUAUAAUGAAAGAUGUGACCAUUGCAAAAUCAGAAAUUGUUCCAGGAGAAAAAGUGAUUUCGAAGAUCCAAGAUUUCCAAGAAGAUGAAGAACUUUUCAGAUACUGCACUCUCCCUGAGAUUCUGAAAUAUGUGGAGUGCUUCACUGGACCCAAUAUUAUGGCCGUGCAUACUAUGCUGAUAAACAAGCCUCCAGAUACUGGCAAGAAGACGUCCCGCCAUCCUUUACACCAGGACCUGCACUAUUUCCCGUUCCGGCCCAGCAAUACCAUUGUGUGUGCUUGGACGGCUAUGGAGCACAUUGACCGAAAUAACGGCUGUCUGGUUGUGCUUCCGGGAACACACAAGGGCCCUCUGAAGCAGCACGACUACCCUCAGUGGGAGGGAGGAGUCAAUAUAAUGUACCACGGGAUCCAGGACUACGACAGAAACAAUGCUCGAGUUCACCUUGUGAUGGAGAAGGGAGACACCGUUUUCUUUCAUCCCUUGCUCAUCCAUGGAUCUGGUCGGAACAAAAGCCAAGGAUUCCGGAAGUCAAUUUCCUGCCAUUUUGCUAGUGGCAACAGCCACUACAUCGAUGUGAAGGGCACCGGUCAAGAAAACAUGGAGAAGGAACUCCUAAAAUUAGUAAAUAAACGACAUAAAAUUGAAGAUAAUAUCACCCUGAAGGAUCUUUGGUCGUUUCGAGUGCGGCUUGUGAAAGGAGAAAGACUCACCCUUUGAAAUAGCCCUUUCCUGCUACCCUUUUAAAAGAAACCAAAACAACGUAUGGUGUCUAAGGAAAAAGUUUUCUUAAUGAGAUGAUGUAAUCGUUUUCAUCACUUGUUAACAAAAUCAGAAAGCAUGUAUCAGGUACUCAGUUGCAUAUGGGUAAUUUUGUGGUGCUUUGACAGUUGUAAAUGCCAGCCAAACUCAAACCCAUUGCCAUUGAGUCGAUUCCGACUCAAAGUGACCCUGUGGGACAGAGUAGAACUGCCCCAUAGGGUUUCCAAGGUUGUAAUCUUUGGGGAAGCAGACUGCCACAUUUUUUUCCUCCUUGCGGCUGGUGGAUUGGAACCGCCAACCUUUCAGUUAGCAGCGGAACACUUACCCACUGCACCGCCAGGGCUUCUUGAUGUAAGAAUAAUAUUUACAGUAAGAGUGAAUAUUAUUGUUUUAAAGAAAACUAAUUUAGGGUUACAACUAAUAAAGGUGACUGGUUGAUUUAAGGGUGUCAAAUCAGUUUCUUUCAUUCAAUUAACUCUUUACCCAAACAGAAACAAAAGCUUUGAAACUCAGGUUAUGUUCAGUUUUGCAUCUUCUUCCUGGUAAACCCAUCACCUACCAAUUGCAUGUCACGAGUGAUUUCUUUUCAAAUCUAGAAUCAUGUAUACUGCAGGCACAUGCAAUGAAGGGCCUCAAAAGGGCAUCAGGGAGUAAAAUAAGGGUGGACACUCACAUUCUGGCAAGGCUCCUUCCAUAAGUUCUCCCACCUGACCACCCUCCUUCAAAAAUAGGGUUUUCCAAAUCCUUCUCCCUGUUCCUGAAGAAUGAAGAAGAGGAUAACACCGUCUGAUUAUUUCAUGCUGGGUGGGGAAGCUGAAAACCUUCGGCACUUAUGAAUGAAAUCCAACCUCUUGCAAGGUACAGGGAAAUUUUUGGAUAAUUUUGGUUUGGGUUUAGAGUGAGCAUGGACUGGGUGAAUUUAUUUCAAUUUAGCACCAUAUUUCUAUGCCAGCUGAGGGUGACAUCGCCAUUAAAAAAAAAAAAAUCUUGUAGUUCGGGCUUUAAUAAAGAAAUGACAAAGAGUCCCUUUCUUGUUGUUCUGCUGAGCACGUUUUCCUA